AAACUUGAAUCGAUCCCAAGUGUUAUUUCAGACUCGCUAAUUGUCGGUACGUGCGAUCGGAAGUGAAUCAAAUUAUUUCCUACAAAAUAUUUACUAGACUCCUUAUGAAAUGGUUUUAACGGCCGCCCUGUUCGUGAUUGUCGGCGCUCUUAGCGCUAUUUAUUUGUGGUUCCAACGGAAUCACAGCUAUUGGCAGCGCAAGGGCAUACCAUAUAUGCAGCCCACGCCCAUAAUAGGUAAUACAGGGCCAGUGUUUACGCAGUCGAAUUCCUUUGGCUUGCACAUCUCGGCUGUGUACAGUGAUCCACGGAUGGCGAAUGAGGCCGCUGUUGGCAUCUAUGUGAUCAAUAAACCUGGUUUGGUCAUCCGCGAACCGGAGCUGAUCAAAUCGGUGCUAAUCAAAGACUUUAAUCGAUUCACCAAUCGCUAUGGACGCACCGAUCCACAUUAUGAUGCCCUUGGCUCAAAUAAUCUGUUCUUUGUGCGCAAUCCACAAUGGAAGGAAAUUAGGACGAAGCUGACGCCGGUUUUCACCAGCGGAAAGAUGAAGCAGAUGUAUCCACUCAUGCAGGAGAUAGCCGCAGAUCUAGAGUCUAUGCUAGCCAAGGAGAGGCCAGCAAACGAAGGCAAAUACGUUACAGAUAUCAAGGAUGUGUGCGCUAGGUUUACGACGGAUUCAAUAGCAACGAUAGCGUAUGGUGUGCGUGCGAAUAGUUUGUCGAAUCCGGAGGCCGAGUUCCGUAGGCAAGGCCGUAUGAUUUUCGCUCCGACACUGGCGCGCAGCAAGGACUUCUUUGUCGCCUUCUUUUUGCCGAAGCUGGUGUCGCUGAUGCGCAUCAAGGUGUUUCCGGACGAGUUUUCCAAAUUCCUGCGCGAUACCAUUGGCCACGUCAUGGCGGAGCGAGAGCGAACGGCGACGGUGCGCAAUGAUCUGAUCGAUGUGCUCGUGGGCUUACGCAAGGAGGCAGCCCUGGAGCCGGGCAAGCCGCAUUUGGCCAACGACAACGACUUUUUGGUUGCUCAAGCGGGAGUGUUCUUCACGGCGGGCUUCGAGACGAGCUCGUCGGCCAUGUCCUUUGCCCUGCUAGAGCUGGCCAGGCAGCCGGAGUUGCAGAAGCGACUGCGAAAGGAAAUCCAUGAAGCCUUGCUCGAGGAGAAGGAUGGCAAACUGAGCUACGACAAAAUCCAUUCACUCGAAUACCUAUCCAUGGUGGUGGACGAGGUGUUGCGCAUGUAUCCAGUUCUACCUUUCCUAGAUCGCGAGUAUCAGAGCAUUAAGGGAGAAGCGGAUCUUUCGCUGAAGCCCUACUACGACCACAAACUGGAGAAUGGCACGCCCAUUUUUAUACCCAUCUAUGCACUGCAGCGAGAUCCUAAGUACUGGACCAAUCCGAAUCUGUUUAAUCCCGAUCGCUUCUCGGCCGAAAACCGCAAAUCAAUCGAGCCCAUGGCCUACCAGCCCUUCGGCCUGGGACCCCACAAUUGCAUCGGCAGUCGAAUCGGAGUGCUUCAGACCAAACUGGGGCUGGUCCACUUCCUCAAGAACCAUUUUGUGCGCUCCUGCCCAGAGACCGUGAAGGAGAUUGAAUUCGAUCCGAAGACGUUUAUUCUGCAGCUGAAGACGGGCAUGUUCCUCGAGAUUGUCAACGAUAGACUAUACGAUGCGAAUGCUCUGGACUCGAUCAGCUGCUGGUUGACACAGCCUCCGCUGGCAAUGAGAGCCUGUUUGAUCUCAGCUCUCAGGCGCUGCUGCACCUCCGGAUGCUUGGCCAGCUCGUACAUGGCGAAGGCCAUGGUCGACGAGGAGGACUCGAAGCCGGCGGUAAAGAAGAGCACAGCCUGGGCCACCAGAAUGUCGCCAUCGAACACGAAUUUGGAGUCCCGAGAAUUUGGCGGACUCAGCGGGCACCACCUUGAAGCCGAAGUAGGGCACCAGCUGUGGCAAGAAGAAGACCAACGUGAACUCAGCCGCACGCUUCAGGCUGAACUGAAAGACCGCCCGGCCGUGUCGACGGAACUCGCCAUUCGGAUGGGUGAAACUGUUCGCCUGGAUGCCGUAGGCCACCGUGGCAAUCACAUCCGUGGUGAAGAGAGCGCACAGCUCCUUGGCCUCCAGAUCGAAGCAGCGCAUCCGUUCAUUGUGCAGCGGCUGCUGGCGGAGAUACGCAUCCAGAUUGCGGCCGACCUCAUCGAUCAGCGGAUACAUGUUCUUCAGCCGAUUGCUGGUGAAGAAUGGCGACAGCUUCAGGCGCACCUCCUUCCAGGCCGGAUUCUUCAGAAAGAAUAUAUUCUGCGAGCCCAACGGAUCGCCUUUGUAAUCCGAAUUCGAGUAGCGAUUGCUGAACUUCGCAAAGUCCUUGACCAUGAUUCGCUUGAUCAGCUCCGGAUCGCGCAGGAGCAGCGCUGGCUUAUAGAACACAUGAAUGCCCACAAAGGGCUUAUCCUGCGCAUCCGGAUGAUUGUACAUCUCGCCAAUGAAAUCCGCCGGACUGCUACGCAUGCUCAGCAGCCCGCCCAGGUUGCCCACAAACAGCCGAGAACGCAGCUCAGGCACGCCGCGCACUAUCCAAUAGGCAUAGUGGUGUCUCAGGUAGUAAUAUCCACAGAUCAGGAUACAGAUGAGCAGAAGCAGCGCUGUGCCAAGCCUCAGGCGUAUUUCUAUGAGAGCUUCUUAUUUAUGUUAGCUUUUUCCUUGGCUCUGCUCCUGCUGUCUCUGGCGCUGCUCUGCAUCUACUUGUACCUAGAGCAGCGUUACAGCUACUUUCGUCGACAUCGACUGACGCAUAUACCCGCCUCCAGCUGGACGCCAUUUGGUCACCUGAAGCAGCUUCUGCUGCUGCGUAUCUCGUUUGGUGAUCUCUUCAAGGAAAUCUAUGCAGAUGCACGCAUUCAGCACGCGAAGCUGGCUGGUUUCUACGUGUUUCAAACGCCGGCGCUAAUGCUGCGUGAUCCGGAGCUAAUAAACCUGGUGCUGAUCAAGCAAUUCAACAGUUUUCUUAACCGGUAUGAAGCCGCCGAUGCCCGGCAUGAUCCGAUGGGUGCACUGACGCUGCCAUUGGCCAAGUAUCCGGUGUGGCGGGAGAGUCGUCGCUGCAUGUCGCAGAUGUUCAGCAGUGGCCGGAUGAAGCAGCGCAUGUAUCCCCUUAUGCAGCAGGUGCUGCACGAGCUGGAGCAGCAUCUGGAUAGGCGCAUGGGCGGGCGGUCGGAGCAGGUGCUGCCGCUGAGCGAGAUGUGCCAGCUGUACACGACCGAUGUGACGGGCAGACUGUUCUACAGCUGGGAUGUGGGUGGACUGCGGCAUGGUGAGUCACUGCUAAGGGAUCAGACCAAGCAGCUGCUCCACCCGAAUCUCACCAAGGUGCUGCACUUCAUGUGCAUCUUCUUCUUGCCUCAAUGGACUUGGCUGCUGCGCGCCAAGGUCUUUGCCGCGGGCUAUGCGCGCUUCAUGCGGCAGCUGGUGGAGAGGCAGCUGCGACAGCGGUGCCAGAAGCGUAAUCCCCUAGCGGAUGUUGAUCUGCUGGGUUUGCUGGAGCCACUGCAGCGUACGCAGCAUUCGGAUUUCACAGCUUCCCAGGCGGGCAUCAUUCUCCUGGCUGGCUUUGAGACCUCGUCCGCCCUGCUGGGCUUCACACUGUACGAGCUGGCCAAGCAGCCGGCGCUGCAGCGACGCUUGAAGCGGGAGCUGACCACAGCCUUUGGCCAGAAUGCGCAGCUCAGCUAUGAGACAGCCUCCACUUUGCCGUACCUAAAAAUGGUCUGUCUGGAGGCUUUGCGCCUCUAUCCCGCUGCUGCAUUCAUCAAUCGCGAAUGCACACGACCCGCGGGCUUCUCACUGCAACCACACGUGGACUACGUGAUACCGCCUGGUAUGCCCGCCUACAUAUCCAUAUUGGGCAUACAGCGUGAUGCCAAGUACUGGCCCAAUCCAUUGCACUUUGAUCCGGAGCGUUUUGCGCCGUCACGCCUAAAGGAUAUAAUACCCAUGACUUAUAUACCCUUUGGUGCUGGUCCGCAUGGUUGCAUCGGCAGUCGACUGGGUUUGCUGCAGCUGAAACUGGGCGUGGCACACAUACUGCGAAGGCAUCGAGUGGAAGUGUGCGAUAGAACUGUCAACCAAAUACGCUUCAAUCCAAAGACCUUCAUGCUGGAGUCAUUGGAUGAGCUAUAUUUACGUUUCUGCCUAGAUCCCAUGUAGUUAACACAAAUGUAU